AUGGUUUUGUCUCACAGAAUCCUCUCCACACAAACACAUUUUCCUUGUCGAGCUGUCUUCACAAACUGCUCCCGACAAUUUUCCUCCACACAACCAAAGCACAUAGAGUUUCAAACGGAGCAUGAUGCCAAUAUCAUCAUCUCAAGGGUCGUAAAAGCAAAGAGCGAAACCGAAGCCUUGGAGUCGUUAUCUCGUGACCCACAGUGCAACACUAUACGGAUCACGGAUGGCUUGCUCGGGAGAUUACUCCACCGUUUUCAAGACGACUGGAAAUCGGCCUUAGGCGUCUUCAGAUGGGCCCAGACUUGUCCGGACUACAAAAUACCACCAGGGUUGCACGACAAGUUGGUGGAUAUUUUGGGAAAGACAAAACAGAUGGACAAAAUGAAGGACCUGGUUGAGGAAAUGUGUGAAACCCGUCUUGUCUCACUAAACACGAUAUCGAAAAUGAUGAGAAGAUUUGCCGGUGCAGGAAAAUGGACAGAUGCCGUGAAAACAUUCGACGAGCUGGAAAGUUUUGGGCUCAAUAAAAAUACUGAAUCCAUGAACAUCCUUCUAGACACUCUCUGCAAGGAGAAAAGAGCUGAGCAAGCUCGUUCGUUGUUCUUGGACCUGAGAUCACACAUUCGACCCAAUGCAAAUACUUACAACAUAUUUAUUCACGGCUGGUGCAAAAUAAAUCGGGUUGAGGAGGCCGAGUGGACAAUCCAGGAAAUGAGGGGAGACGGUUUCAAGCCGUGUGUCAUAAGCUACUCGACCAUUAUUCAGUUUUAUUGUUUCCAGGGCAAGUUCUAUAGGGUUUACGAGAUUCUUGAUGAAAUGGAAGCACAAGGGUGCUGCCCUAAUAUCGUCACUUUCACCACUAUCAUGCAUUCUUUGACCAAGUGCGGAGAAUUAAGGGGGGCCUUGGAUAUAGUGGAUAGAAUGAAAGUAGUUGGAUGUGAACCUGACACACUGUUUUACAAUGCGUUGUUGCAUACGCUGGACCGGGCGGGCCGGGUCGAGGAUGCUCUUUACAUUUUCACAAAAGAAAUGCCUGAAAAAAAAAUUAGCCCAAGUACGUCAACUUAUAACACGAUGAUUGCUAUGUUUUGCCAUCGCAGACAAGAGCAAAGGGCGCUGCAGUUUUUGAAGGGCUUAGAGAACUCACCAUAUUGUAAACCUGAUGUUCAAUCAUUCUAUCCACUGCUCAAGUUGUACUUUCAAGAUGGGAAGACAGGUGAAUGCUUGGUUGACUUGUUGGAUGUCAUGGUUAAGAAGCACCAUUUGUGUCUUGAUCUGGCAACUUUCAUGCUGUUAAUCCACGGGCUGUGCAGAGCAAAUGAGUGUGAGAGGGCAUACGAGCUUUUUAAGGUCAUGAUAGGUCAAAACAUUAAACCUCGAUAUGUGACGUGUGCUUUGCUUUUGCAUGAGAUUAAGCUGAAGAACAUGUAUGCUGAAGCAGAGGUGGUUGAAGACUACAUGAAGAAAAUGAAAUCCUUGUGA